AUGGCUGCCAACGGCGAUUUUUCAGACGAGGAAUCUUUGGGGCCUGGCUCCCCUGUGCUGGAUGCCAACGCCAACGCACACGGCGACAGCGACAUUGAAGAACAGGACCUUGACCAGCCUGCGAAGGGUGAGAAGCGCCCCAAGAAGUCUGCGAUGAAGAAAUCCGAUGUGAAGCCUGUAUCCGAGAUCAAGCGGCCAGAACUGCCCGAACAGCCUGAUCCGAGUACUCUCGACUUGUCAAAAUUGACGCCUCUGUCCCCCGAGAUUAUUGCGCGCCAGGCCACUAUCAACAUUGGUACCAUCGGACAUGUCGCUCACGGCAAGUCAACUGUGGUGAAGGCUAUUUCGGAAGUGCAGACCGUCCGUUUCAAGAACGAGCUGGAACGAAACAUCACUAUCAAGCUGGGUUAUGCCAACGCCAAGAUCUACAAGUGCGACAGUCCUGAGUGCCCCCGGCCAACAUGCUACAAGAGCUACAAGAGUGAGAAGGAGAUUGAUCCUCCUUGCGAACGAGAUGGGUGUACAGGACGGUAUAGGCUAUUGCGACAUGUCUCAUUCGUUGACUGCCCUGGUCACGAUAUUCUCAUGAGCACCAUGUUGUCAGGCGCUGCUGUCAUGGACGCAGCCCUGCUCCUGAUUGCUGGAAACGAAGCCUGCCCCCAGCCUCAGACUUCAGAGCACUUGGCUGCUAUCGAAAUCAUGAAACUCAGUCACAUCAUCAUCCUUCAAAAUAAGGUCGAUCUGAUGAGAGAAGAUGGAGCGUUGCAGCACUACCAAUCGAUUCUGAAAUUCAUCAGAGGUACCGUGGCAGAUGGCUCUCCCGUCAUCCCUAUCUCCGCGCAGCUGAAGUACAAUAUCGACGCUGUCAACGAGUAUCUGGUUUCGCACAUUCCUGUUCCAGUCCGUGAUUUCACUGCUUCGCCUCAUAUGAUCGUUAUCCGGUCUUUUGAUGUCAACAAGCCUGGUGCGGAGAUUAGCGAGCUCAAGGGUGGUGUUGCCGGUGGCUCGAUUCUGACUGGUGUGCUAAAGUUGAAUGACGAGGUUGAGAUUCGCCCUGGUCUUGUUACCAAGGACGAGAAUGGCAAGAUCCAAUGCCGCCCCAUCUUCUCCCGUGUUGUCUCUUUGUUUGCCGAGCACAACGACCUGAAAUUCGCGGUUCCUGGUGGUCUCAUUGGUGUUGGAACCCGGGUUGAUCCUACGCUGUGCCGUGCGGAUCGUUUGGUCGGUUUCGUCUUGGGUCACCGUGGACGUCUGCCAGCUAUCUACACCGAACUGGAAGUCAACUACUUCCUGCUGCGCCGUCUGCUGGGUGUCAAGACUUCCGAUGGAAAACAGGCCAAAGUCAGCAAACUGGCCAAGAAUGAAGUUCUCAUGGUAAACAUCGGCUCGACCGCCACCGGUGCCAAGGUCCUAGGUGUAAAGGCAGACGCCGCGAAGCUCAGCUUGACCAGCCCGGCUUGUACCGAGAUUGGGGAGAAGAUUGCCAUCAGUCGGAGAAUUGAGAAGCACUGGCGACUGAUCGGAUGGGCAAAUAUUGUCGCCGGUAACACUCUUGAGCCCAUCAUGGACUAA